GCCGCCCCCGACCCUCACGGGGAGCCGCUCGCAGCCCAGCCCGGCUCUGCCCGUUCCCCUCGGCGGGACGGGUCGCGGCCCCGCCCCGGUGCCCCAGUUCGUCGCCGGUGCCACCGCUGCCCCUCAGGAGCGGGACGCCGGAAGUCACAUCCCGGAAGCGGCGGGUGCGGCGUCAUCAGAACAUGGCGGCCUGAGACAGAGGCGCCCUUUCCCUUCACUUCCCGUUCCCUCCGCAGGUCAGAAAAUACCAAAAUGCAGUAUUCCCAUCACUGUGAGCACCUUCUAGAGAGACUGAACAAGCAGCGAGAAGCUGGUUUUCUUUGCGACUGCACUGUUGUUAUUGGGGAAUUCGAAUUCAAAGCACACAGAAAUGUGCUUGCCUCCUUCAGCGAGUACUUCAGCGCGUUUUACAAAGAUGCGUCUGACAAUAACGUUGUUUUGGAUCAGACUCAAGUGAAAGCUGACGGAUUCCAGAAACUCCUGGAAUUUAUUUAUACAGGAAUCUUAAACCUUGACAGCUGGAAUGUUAAAGAAAUUCACCAGGCCGCGGACUAUCUCAAAGUGGAAGAAGUGGUCACUAAAUGCAAAAUUAAGAUGGAGGACUUUGCUUUUAUUGCUAAUCCCUCUUCUACAGAGACAUCUAGUAUCACUGGAAACGUUGAAAUGAAUCAACAGACUUGCCUUCUGACUCUCCGAGAUUACAAUAACCAGGAGAAAGCAGACACUGCUUCUGCAGAGUUGGUUCAACCACAGGCAAAGAAAGCAGCUUUGGAAAAGAAAUCUCCUCAGACCAAAAAGCAGAAGAAAAAUUUCAGCUCUCCCAAAGGCAUACAGAAUAAAUCUGUACAAUAUCAGAAUGAUGUGACUGAGAAUGCAUCCAUCGAGAUGUUUUUAGAUGCAAAUAAGCUGGCCACUCAGAUAACAGAGCAGGCUGCCCAGGGCAGUGAUAACUCUGAGCUACAGCUGGCAUCGGUGGUGAAAAGCGAAACGCUGGCAGCGCAGGGUAUCCUAGUUCAGACUAUUGCGGCAAAACAGAAGCGGGGAAAGCCUCAGCAAAGCUGCACGCUGAAGGAGCACUGUAUGUCUAACGUAGCCAGUGAAAAGUCUGCUUACCAGCUGGAGAGCACGGCAGAAGAGCUCGACCAGAAGUACUCCAAAGCUAAACCAGUGUGCAACACCUGCGGAAAAGUCUUUUCAGAAGCUAGUAGCCUCCGUCGCCACAUGAGAAUACACAAAGGAGUGAAACCGUACGUGUGUCAGCUCUGUGGGAAGGCGUUCACCCAGUGCAAUCAGUUGAAAACACAUGUAAGGACUCACACAGGGGAGAAGCCAUACAAAUGUGAACUCUGCGACAAAGGCUUUGCUCAGAAGUGCCAGUUAGUGUUCCACAGUCGGAUGCACCACGGAGAAGAGAAACCAUACAAAUGUGAUGUGUGCAACCUGCAGUUUGCAACUUCAAGCAAUCUGAAGAUCCAUGCCAGGAAGCACAGUGGCGAGAAGCCAUACGUGUGCGAUCGCUGCGGCCAGCGAUUCGCUCAGGCCAGCACGCUCACCUACCAUGUGCGUCGCCACACAGGGGAGAAGCCCUACGUGUGUGACAGCUGUGGAAAAGCCUUCGCCGUCUCCAGUUCUCUCAUCACCCAUUCCCGAAAACACACAGGAGAGAAGCCAUAUAUCUGCGGCAUUUGUGAAAAAAGUUUUAUUUCCUCUGGAGAGCUCAAUAAACAUUUUCGGUCUCAUACAGGUGAAAGACCAUUUAUCUGUGAAAUGUGUGGGAAUUCUUACACAGACAUAAAAAAUCUUAAGAAGCACAAAACUAAAGUUCACACAGGAUCAGAAACUCCCCCUGAUUCCAAUGCACUUGAUAACUCUUUCAAUGAACAAGAAUCCGUUCAGAGUCAGAAAAGCCCUUUAUCGGAGUCCAUAGAUGUGAAACCCUCUGAGAUGUUUUUAGCACUUCCUCUUCCCAUUGGAAGUGAAGACCAUCAGAUGCUGCUUCCUGUGACGGGAAGUCAGUCUCCUUCAUCAGAAACAUUACUAAGAUCUGCUGUGACUGGAUAUUCAGAACCUCAGUUUGUUUUCUUGCAGCAGUUGUACUGACAGUGCAGUACAGAGGCAACAAGGUAAUUUGGUAGCGAACUUGCGCACGUUUGGUAAGAUGAACAUAAUCGAGCAAGUAGUCACGCUUUUUCAAUUGGACUUGUUCUUUUUUUCCCCUCUGUGUAAAGACACUUGUAAGGCAUUUCCAUUGUGCAGUGCUGUCUCUCAUUUUUUGUUGAAUUGUGCUAAUCUACAAUCAAAUUUCUAUUUGCAGUUAACACCAAUUUCCACGAGAUUAUUCCUUUCCAGCAACACCUGCCUUAAGAAUUCUCUCUUAAAUAUGUUGAUGUAUUUUGGAGAUCUCCUCCCAUGUUCCUGCUGAUCUGAUGUGUCACGGUGUCAUUUGAGAGCAGACUUUUUAAGCCAUAUUUGAUAAUUUAGGAAUAUUCACCCAGAGGUGUAAGGGGAAAAUCAUUAUUUAAAUGCAUUAGCAAGCUUGUACUCCUGCAUUCCAAGUGAUACAGUGGUACAUGCUGGAAGGCAGGCUAGUGCUCUGAUGCAGUGCUCCCAAAGAAUUACACCUGUCAGUUGAAGUCUGAGCAGAGGGAAAGUGGUGUGUAUAUUUUCCUGACAAGACAAGUAAAGGAGGGUUAUUUUUUUUCUCAAGUGCGGUGAGUCAGGGGCUCUGAUGGCACGGGUCCUGCUGGGUAUUGGGUAUUCUUUCCAACAAGUCACUUGUUGGAUUUUAUUUUUUUUUUCUUUUUACCUUUUUUUUUUCUUUUCUUUUAAGCGAAUCCAGUAUUGGUGUAUCUUGUCCCAGGUUUCUUUUUCACAUCCCUAAAACAUGCUGGGUUUGGCACAAACGACCACAUUUGCUCAAAAGGAGAGUUGGAAUAUGCAUCUUGUAGAUGAGACAAAAAGGUGCAUUGACUUAAAUGGUGUGGCGUGAAUUAUAGCCUCACAGUCCUUUUUUCUACAGUAGUGCUGCUUCUUGUGCUAGAGACUAGGUACAAAAGAGGAAAGAAAUAAAUCCUGUCCUUCACUGUGAAAAGAAGAAGCGAAUGCUACAUGAGGGGGCGUUAAGGAAGAAUACAACAGAGCAGAUGGCUAUUCUUCCAGGCAAGGCUUUGUCAGAGUAUGACCGAUUUGGUUUAAUUGAAGUAUUUAUGUAUGGCUUUAUCUCUCAUGUCACUUGUCCACAAUAACUGCACAAAACUGGUAUCUAUCAAGACCCUCGUGAAGGUAUGUUUUAUUACUAGCAACAUACAUUUUUAAAAAGCAACAUUUCUAGUGUCUUGCUAGGGUCAUUAGCUACACACUAGUUGACAAAAGGAGUUCUUUUAUACUCCUUUUUGCCAGUUUGUGCCAUUAACAGAAUGUAAGCAUUAUUUAAGUAAUCAUCAAAAUAGUAAGGAAACAGUCAUAAUACUGUACCAACGAUGCAUUUAUAGAUGUUGGUUGUUGGUUAUUUACUUGGUGCUAGCGUUUUAUUUCCACUGAUGCCUUGUGUCCAGACACUGAUAAAUAGAAGAGCACAGGAGAUACCUCUUAACUGUUCUACAUGGAGUAAUAAUUAAUCUGCACCUUAAUUAAACAGACUCAUGAAAAAUUUCUUGGAGGAUUUCAUUUAAAUAUUCUGCAAAUGGUCCCUUGACUCCUGAGCAUGACUAUAGAACUUUUUUUUUUCCUCUUCCUACAUGUUUGUAUACCUGUAAAGUAAUAGACUUUUCACUUCUUUGUGUUGAUCAUUUUAGUAUGUGGCAUGUUUAAAACUCUGCUUCUUGAUCAUAUUUAUGCUUUAUACGUAGCAAAUCUGCUGAUAAAGUACACCAUGGACAGCAAGGAGUACAGCCAUGUUCACUGGGAACAUUCUUAAUGCAGGCAUCUUUGGCUCUGUCCACUCGAGCCAAUUACUGCCGUACCUGCCUGACUUUUAUUUUCUUUGCUUAUCUGUACUACAGCAUUUCUGAACAGCUGAUGUCCUUCGUAAUGCUGGCAAAGGACAAUGGGCAAAGCUCUCUGAUAUUUUUUUUCCUGUUUGUUGGCAUUUCCCCUUUUCCUCCCCUUUUUUUCUUUUUUAGCUUCUGUUGUUGAUGUAGCACCUAAAGGAUUCGUUAGCCUUGCCAUUUGAAACUGAAGAACCUCAAAGAUUGGGAUCUUGACUCUGUGUGAAAAGCAAACUCUGUGUAGCUUGUCCUAAGGUUCCUCUUUACUUUUGCUCUCUAAGAGCAGAAGCGUUGGGAUAGACAUAAAUACUGAAAAAGAACAAUACCAUACAACUGACAGCUUUCAUAUUUAAACAGCUUUGGAAGAUAAACUAAUGAUAGGCUGCUGUUACCUGAGGAAAAGUAUCUGAAGAUUAAGAUAUCCAGGAUAAAUGACCACAAGAGAGAACUAGCUCUGGAAAAGAAAAAUAUAUUAAAAAUAUUUACAUUCCUACAUAGUAAAUGCAUUCCAUAACAAUGUUUGUUUGGACUGUUUUUAUAUUCCUAAAAUUAUAUCUUAUUACUGUAUUCUUAGAGUUCAGACUUUUUUAAAAAAUACAGUGCUUAGAUUUAUACAGGAUUUGUUUAGAUACUUAUAGCAGUAACACUUGCUUUAUUAGUCAUUUAGUUUUCUUUAUAGACAAGAAGAUAAUCAUUAUUUUUUACAAGACAACAAUUUUAAGCUUUCUUAAUUGAAUACACGGGCUUGUAGUUUUGUCUUGGAGCAAUAAUUUACCUGCACUCUUGAGUCCCCAUCUGAGAGUCUUGGUUUUUAUCCUCAUCUUUCAUGAAGAUAUCUCAGCUGCUGAGGUAUGAUAUCUAUGAACUGUAUUCAUUUACUAGAAUAUAGAUUUUAAAUAUAUAUAUAUAUAUAUAUAUAAAAAUUAUUUGUAGGUGUGUUCAGGUUAGGCCUGAAGAACCAGGUCUGUGCUGUACCUUUUGCCAAUAGAUGCAUGGAAAUCAGCUGCACAUCUAAUUCCUAGGAUUAAGGAUUCUGAGUUAAUUUUGGAGGCACAAGGUUUGUAACAGUAUUGAUAAUUUCUGUAAGGGAUUAAUGGGGGAAGGCAUGGAAUCUUUUUAGGCAGACAUCUCCUCCUUGAGAUCUACCUGCAAAAGGAAAGAGGGAAUUGGAAUAAUUCCACUAACAGUAAUUUAGAGAAAAUGACAUGAUUCGUCACACUGUUGUUUCAGUACUGUCAGUCAAUUUUGCAUUGAAGUCGGUGCAAGUUUCGCCUGAGUAGGUUAUCUGCAUCUUGAAAUCUCCGAAUUGGCUGUUUGGAAAUACGUAUGUGAGAAUGGCUCUUUGUAUGACACUGAACCUCCAAAGUUUUGCCGAUCUGUGGCCACAAAGCGCGACAACUUUUCUGAAAUCAUGUGUUUCAAAAAAAUGUUCAAGUAUGGACAAGUCCCAUGUUAAGGAUUUCAGGGCUGUGACCUCAGAGAAGCCAUUGAUAAGCCUUGCAGAAUGAAGUUCAGAUAAGGACUAAUAACUGAUUUUUUGGUUAAAUUAUUUUUAAAGUAUCUUUCCUGUAUAUACAGUUUUUCCUCUGUUAUUUGUAUAUAGCUCAACUCUCGAUUUUUAUAAUCCCCUGGGAAUGGAGGGAGUUGUACAUAUUUAGCCUGAAGUGUUUUAUGUUAGACUUUAAUAAACUUGUUUUGUAAUUUUCCCUCA